GCUGUGCGACGGCGAUCCGCAGUAAUAGCGCUCGUUCGGGGGAGUGGUGAGGAGGGAGGAGGGAUUAAUUGCGCUCGCGUUGGUGCUCAUGGAGUCCCGGUACAUUCACGAGAACAGUGCGCUCGGUCCCUCCUAUUAUCUCAUAGUUUGCUCCUCCUCCUGUGUUCAUUUCAUCACAAGUAUAAUAUAAAGAGAGGAGCCUCUUCCCGGAAACCAACGACACCUCAAAAAGCUUCGACCUUUGAGAAUUGGGCACUAGUAAAGCUUUUGAUCAAGGUUGAAGCAGGGGUCUUUUCCACCCCACCGUGAGUGCUAUAAACAGCGUUAGCGACAACACUUGGCUCUGAAUCAUCAUGCUUGUAUCUACAUUUGCUCUGAAACUCUAGUGUGGUCGUAAAGCUAGAGAGCUAUUCGCAAAGUUGGUGUUUUUUUUUUUUUGUGGGGGGAGUUUGGAUUUGGGAAGGAGCGAUGAGUUCUACGCAACAGCAGCAGCAGCAGCUGAAGCGGGGGAAGGGGCAUAAGGGCGGCGCCGAAUCGUCGAAGGAGAAGGUGGUGGUCGCGGUGAAGGCGUCGAAGGAAAUCUCGAGGACGGCGCUCGUGUGGGCUCUAACGCAUGUGGUUCAGCCCGGCGACUGUAUCACCCUUCUGGUUGUGGUUCCGCCGCACAGUUCUGGUAGAAAUUUAUGGGGAUUUCCGAGAUUUGCAGGGGACUGUGCGAGCGGUCACAAGAAGUCAAACUCUGUUACUACUCUGGAGCAAAAGUCUGAUAUCACAGAAUCUUGUUCGCAAAUGAUGCUUCAACUCCACAAUAUCUAUGAUCCAAAUAAGAUAAAUGUGAAGAUAAAGGUUGUUUCUGGAUCACCUUCUGGAUCAGUGGCUGCUGAAUCCACGCGAGCUCAAGCAAACUGGGUCGUACUGGACAAGGAUUUGAAGAACGAAGAAAAGCGAUGCAUGGAAGAGCUACGAUGCAAUAUUGUAGUUAUGAAGCGCUCACAACCCAAAGUUCUUCGGUUGAAUUUAGUUCCCGAGAAACAGUCGCAGUUGUCUUGUCCCUCGGUGCCCGAGUUAAAUGGUGAAAUGGGUAAGGCCACAAAGGACAUACGAGAGCCUCGCAACUCCAUUAGGGGGCCAGCUGUAACGCCAAACAGCAGCCCCGAAACAGAUACUCCUUUUACUGGUACGGAAGCCGGGACAUCCUCUGUCUCUAGCUCAGAUCCGGGGACUUCACCUUUUUGUGUGUCUGAAACUAACCGAUCUUUAAAGAAAGAGGGGCAAGCAGCCAAGGACGAAGUGCUGAAUAUAGAUGCUAAUAUCUCUGAUUCUGACGCUGAAAGUUUAAGCCCUCCGACAACCUUAGAGUUCCAGCCCUGGAUGGCGGGGAUUCUAUGUGCCCGCACUUCAUCGGCAAAAGCACUUCUUGAGAAAUUUACCAAACUUGAUACAGGGGCAGAUAUUGGCACCAUAAGCAGCAGAUCGGAUUUGAGCUUCAGAGGAAAUGUUAGGGAGGCAGUUUCCUUAUCUAGAACUGCCCCUCCAGGACCACCUCCUUUAUGUUCGGUGUGUCAGCACAAAGCACCUGUGUUUGGAAAACCUCCGAGGUGGUUUACCUACUCUGAACUUGAGCUUGCUACAAAUGGCUUCUCGAAAGCCAAUUUCUUGGCCGAGGGUGGAUUCGGUUCCGUCCAUAGGGGGGUCUUGCCUGAUGGCCAGGCAAUCGCAGUUAAGCAACAUAAACUUGCCAGUUCCCAGGGUGAUCUUGAGUUCUGCUCGGAAGUGGAAGUUCUGAGCUGCGCGCAGCAUCGCAAUGUUGUAAUGCUGAUUGGAUUUUGUGUUGAGGACAAGAGGAGAUUGCUGGUUUAUGAGUACAUCUGCAACGGAUCACUGGAUUCUCAUCUUUAUGGACGUAAUAGAGAGCCACUGGAAUGGGCUGCACGGCAAAAGAUUGCAGUUGGGGCUGCCCGAGGGUUGCGAUACCUUCACGAAGAGUGUAGAGUGGGUUGCAUUGUUCAUCGUGAUAUGAGGCCGAACAACAUUCUUGUUACUCAUGAUUUUGAACCACUGGUAGGUGAUUUCGGAUUGGCAAGAUGGCAGCCUGAUGGAGACUUGGGUGUUGAAACACGAGUGAUCGGCACAUUUGGGUAUUUGGCACCUGAAUAUGCCCAAAGUGGGCAAAUCACGGAAAAGGCUGAUGUCUAUUCAUUUGGAGUGGUACUCGUAGAGCUUGUCACGGGACGCAAAGCCAUCGACAUAAACCGACCAAAGGGUCAGCAAUGCCUUACUGAAUGGGCUCGACCAUUACUCGAGGAAUAUGCAAUUGAUAAGCUCAUCGAUCCUCGUCUGGGACACCUCUACUGUGAAGAGGAGGUCUAUUGCAUGUUGCACGCAGCAUCUUUGUGUAUUAGACGUGAUCCGCAUGCGAGGCCUCGUAUGUCUCAGGUUCUACGAAUAUUGGAGGGCGAUAUGUUAAUGGAUUCUGGCUACAUUUCGACACCUCGAUACGACCACGGAAACAGGAGUCGGAGAAUAUUGACUGAUCAGCCGAAGAUCAAAGAGAGCAGCAAUAUCUCAGAUUCAAAGCACUCUUAUGAAGCUUUAAGAGCGGCUUGGGAUAGAGAGAGGGAGAGCCUCGCGCGAAGAUGUUAAACAUAAUCUUGGAUAGAAUGCUCAUCCACUGUGUAUUCUCCUCUCUUUUCUCAAACUCUUUCAUCAUCUUUGUCAUGUCUCUUAUUUCCUCUUUUUUAUCUAGUGCUGCUUUUUCCCCCUGCAAUAUCUUUUGCUAUUAUACGGUAAUGCUUUUAUGUACAGUGGAAAUUUUAUUGUUUUCAGCAGUUAAUGAAUUGAGGGAUUAAUGCUGUUUUGUGCA